CCUCGCUGCUGCCCGCCGCGCCGGUGGCGGGACGCGCGGAGCGGACCAGCUGCUAAUGUCACCUCACAAGCGCGUGACGCCGCUCCCGGCGCUCGCUACAGACAGUCCCCUCGGUGACGUGAUACCCGCCCCGUUAAAAGUCCCCGCCUCGGGGGGGCGGGCAUGCUUUUGCUGCCGGAAGCGAAGAUGGCGGCGGCCGCCGCUUCCGAGCUGCUGACGGGAUGGUGCCUCUUUGGCCUGGCGCUGCUGGCCAUUCUGAUUUUCUGCUGGGUUUAUGUGCGCAAGUACCAGAGUCGGCGGGAAAGCGAAGUGAUUUCUACCAUAACAGCGAUCUUUGCGUUGGCAGUUGCUCUUAUCUCAUCAGCACUACUACCAGUGGAUAUCUUUUUGGUUUCAUAUAUGAAAACCAAAAAUGGUACGUUUAAGGAUUGGGCUGAUGCUAAUGUUUCAAGACAAAUUGAAGACACUGUACUUUAUGGAUAUUACACUUUGUACUCCAUCAUACUGUUCUGUGUCUUUCUGUGGAUUCCCUUUGUCUAUUUCUAUUAUGAAGAGAAGGAAGAUGAUGGCAACACAUGCUCACAGGUUAAAACUGCACUCAAAUAUACUCUGGGGUUCAUCACAAUUUGUGCAGUUCUUCUCUUAAUUGGUGCCUUUGUUCCUUUGGAUAUUCCCAAUAAGAAGAAUUCCACAGAGUGGGAGAAAGUGAAACUCUUGUUCGAAGAGUUUGGAAGUAGUCAUGGCUUGACUGCUCUUUCAUUUUCCAUUAGUUCCUUGACUGUGAUUGGAAUGCUGGCAGCUAUCACUUACACAGCUUAUGGUAUGUCAGCUUUGCCUCUAAAUUUGAUUAAGGGAACUACCACUGCAGCUUAUGAACGUUUGGAGAACACUGAAGAUAUCGAAGAAGUGGAGCAGCAUUUAUUAAGGAUUAAAUCAAAGUGCAGAGAUGGUCGUCCUCUGUCAUCAAGGGAUAGACGCACUUUACAACAACUAGAAGAGAGGCUAAGGAUACUUCGAAGAAGAGAGAGGCAUCUGGAGUCUGUUGAGAAAAGCUGGUGGACGAAAUUCUCUGAAGCUAUCAGACCUCUAAAGAUUGUGUGGGGAGUAUUUUUCAUCAUUGUGGCACUGCUCUUCACUGUCUCUCUGUUCUUGUCAAAUUUGGACAAAGCUCUGCAUUCAGCUGGCUUCGACUCAGGAUUUAUAAUUUUAGGAACUAAUCUGACUAAUCCAUUGAAUAUGCUGUUACCUGUUCUUCAAACAGUUUUUCCGCUCGAUUAUAUUCUUAUUACAAUUAUUGUCAUGUACUUUAUCUUCACUUCAAUGGCAGGGAUUCGAAAUAUGGGUAUAUGGUUCUUCUGGAUAAGGCUUUAUAAAAUCAGACGAGGAAAAACUCGCCCUCAAGCACUUUUGUUUCUCUGUAUGAUACUUCUAUUGAUAGUUCUUCAUACAAGUUACAUGAUCUACAGUCUUGCACCUCAGUAUGUAAUGUAUGGAAGCCAAAAAUACCUGGUACAGAUUAAUAAGACAAUAAAUGGCCAGCCAAGGGAUUUGACAUUUGUAUCUAAAGACUGUGAUGCAGAUGCACCUGAAGAUCAGUGUAUUGUUACUCGGACAUACCUCUUUCUUCAUAAAUUUUGGUUCUUCAGCGCUGCCUAUUACUUUGGGAACUGGGCAUUCAUUGCAGUCUUUUUAAUUGGAUUGAUUGUUUCAUGCUGCAAAGGCAAGAAAUCAGUCAUUGAAGGUGAAGUGGAUGAAGAUGAUUCAGACACGAGUGAUGAUGAACUGUCUGCUUAUUACCAUUAAUGAAAUGUUGCCUUCAAGAUGGAAAAAUGUUAUUUAAAGUUAUGUUGAAAGUCAUACUUAUGUGGAGUUGGUAUCCAAAUAAGCAUCCUUGCACCUGUAAAAAUAGAGGAAAUAAGUGUGCUCACUUAAAGGAGUAAACUGAGUAUCACUGUUAUAUCAGAACAAAUACCGAAACUGGGUUUGAAUAAUAUAUAUAGAGAGAAAAUAUUGUUUAUGAUUAAACGUAUAUGUAACUUUCUGAUAUAUACUGUGAACUGUUUCAUCAUUCAUGAUGGUUUUCUGUGAACUUCAUUUUUCUUAUGCUUCCAUGCCUAACUUGUAGGACUCUUCUAUUCAAGCUCAUAAACAAAACCAGCUAAAGUCUCGCAAAACAGCUGGUGCAAACAUUGCUAGAAAGAAUUAGAUGAGGUUCACACUUUCAGAAGGAUGUGACUUAACUUUUGCAUUAGUCUUGCUGGCAUUUCUGGGAUUCCCAUAUAAAACUAUAGCUAACAGGAGACUGUAUUUGAAGUAUGCCAAAAACAUCCACUGAUGUGGUGUGUUCCCAGUCUGUGAAGAAUAAGUCAUUUUCAUACUGUUAUCUCCACUGAGUUACCGUGGGAAUCUUCAAGUAUGAGGUGGCCUUUGCCCUAUCAAAGGAAAUCAUUAGUGUAUAUGACAACAUGCAGGAUUGUUUCAGUGUUUUAGUACAGCUCAGUUCUGAAACUGUCAGGUGCCAUUGGUUAUUACUAGGAUAUGAUUAAUUUCUAACUUUUUCUCAUUAAUGAAAUUGUCUUAACUUUUCAAUAUUUAAUGUCAAUGUUGUCAACUUGUUUAUAAGCCAAUGUUUAUAUAAACACAGUUCAUAAAUG